CGCCGCCGCCGACCGCUCGUGCCGCAUGCUCCGCUGCUCUUUUCUCUCCGUCGCCCGCGUUCCCGCCUCGGAUUUGCGCGCCUCGUCCCGACUUUAGGCUUCCCUCCGCGCUCCGGCGCUGCUCGCGGCCCCUCUCACGCUUCCCUCCGUCCGCCCCGCGCUCCCUUCCUCGCUCCCGGUUGACUCACUCCUCCAGGAAUAGGGAUCCCCGUGUUUUCCCGUCAGUCCCAUUCUGGGAAAACUCCUCCCUCCGCGCGCUCCGCUCCACUGGGCGCACCGGGGCCGGUCGGCGUGGGGUGGGCUUGGCCCCGCGACCCCGCCUUCCCUGCGUCGCCCGUCGGCCCCGGCCGGAGCCCGGCUCUGCGCGCUGACGCCCUGCAGUCCCCGCACUGCGAUCGCCGCGGCCGGAAGAGUUGGCGCUCGGAGCGUACUCCUGGGAACUGGCUUAGCGCACCCACCCCACUUCCCGCACCCUGGGACCGAGUCUCACUUUGUCACCCAGGCUGGAGUUCAGUGGUGCAAUCAUGGCUUACUGCAGUCUUGAACUCCUGGGCUAAGCAAUCCUCAUUGCCUUAACCUGAGUAGCUGGGACUACAGGCUGGCCUCAAACUCCUGGGCUCAAGUAAUCCUCCCACCUUGGCCUCCCAAAGUGCUGGAAUUACAGGGUCUUGCUCUGUCAUCCAGGCCGGAGUGCAGUGAAGCAGUCACAGCUCACGCAGCCUUGACCUCCCGGGAUCAAGCAGUCCUCCCACUUCAGCCUCCUCAGUAGCUGUGACUGCAGGUGUACGCCAUUGCACUCAGCCUAGGUCCAACGGGCGCUCCUCCAAGCGGAGCCUUGGAGGGCAAGGCCGGCACCAUUACCUCCAACGAGUGGAGCUCUCCCAACUCCCCCGAGGGGAGCAACGUCUCUGGGAGCAGUCAGGCACUGGACAAGCCCAUCGACAAUGAUGCAGAGGGCGUGUGGAGCCCGGACAUCGAGCAGAGUUUCCAGGAGGCCCUGGCCAUCUACCCGCCCUGCGGCCGGCGCAAAAUCAUCCUGUCAGAUGAGGGCAAGAUGUACGGUCGGAACGAGCUGAUUGCCCGCUACAUCAAGCUCCGGACAGGGAAGACCCGCACCAGGAAGCAGGUCUCCAGCCACAUCCAGGUGCUGGCUCGUCGCAAAGCUCGCGAGAUCCAGGCCAAGCUAAAGGACCAGGCAGCUAAGGACAAGGCCCUGCAGAGCAUGGCUGCCAUGUCGUCUGCACAGAUCAUCUCCGCCACGGCCUUCCACAGUAGCAUGGCCCUCGCCCGGGGCCCUGGCCGCCCAGCAGUCUCAGGGUUUUGGCAAGGAGCUUUACCAGGCCAAGCCGGAACGUCCCAUGAUGUGAAGCCUUUCUCUCAACAAACCUAUGCUGUCCAGCAUCCGCUGCCUCUGCCAGGCUUUGAGUCUCCUGCAGGGCCUGCCCCGUCGCCCUCUGCACCCCCAGCACCCCCAUGGCAGGGCCGCAGCGUGGCCAGCUCCAAACUCUGGAUGUUGGAGUUCUCUGCCUUCCUAGAGCAGCAGCAAGACCCGGACACGUACAACAAGCACCUGUUUGUGCACAUUGGCCAGUCCAGCCCAAGCUAUAGCGACCCCUACCUCGAAGCCGUAGACAUCCGCCAGAUCUAUGACAAAUUCCCUGAGAAGAAGGGUGGACUCAAGGAGCUCUUCGAACGGGGACCCUCCAAUGCCUUUUUUCUUGUGAAGUUCUGGGCAGACCUCAACACCAACAUCGAGGAUGAAGGCAGCUCCUUCUACGGGGUCUCCAGCCAGUAUGAAAGCCCCGAGAACAUGAUUAUCACCUGCUCCACCAAGGUCUGCUCUUUCGGCAAGCAGGUGGUGGAGAAGGUUGAGACAGAGUACGCUCGCUACGAGAAUGGACACUACUCAUACCGCAUCCACCGGUCCCCGCUCUGCGAGUACAUGGUCAACUUCAUCCACAAGCUGAAGCACCUGCCCGAGAAGUACAUGAUGAACAGCGUGCUGGAGAACUUCACUAUCCUGCAGGUGGUCACCAACAGAGACACACAGGAGACCUUGCUAUGCAUUGCCUAUGUCUUUGAGGUGUCAGCCAGCGAGCACGGGGCUCAGCACCAUAUCUACAGGCUGGUGAAAGAAUGAGAGACUCGGGGAGCAGGGAGGGGGGAAGAGACGUGUGUGCAGGAAAUGGGGACGUGGGGAGGGGACCUGCAGGGGCAGCCCCCUGAAAUGCCAAGAGUGCUGAGAGGAGCGGUUGUGACUCUACCCAGGAACAAACUGUGCCUGAACCUGCGGUGCCCAACCCCAAAUAAACCCAAGAUGCUCUGUA